UUCUAGGUGAGAAUUCUGUCAUUGCUACCAGUGAUGGCCUCAGAAAAAGAUGCCGGGCCUGCCUUACCCAAACUCGACAACAACCAAACAGCUGAGAACCCAUCCAAACCUGUUGAAGAGCAGCCUCCGGGUCAACAGAUCAGGUGUGAUGAUAUUCACUUGCCUCGAUUCUCACUAAAGCAAGGGAUGAUCCCGACCCGUUACGUUAUGCCUUGGAAAGAAAACAUGAAAUUCAGGAAUGUGAAUCUAAAGCAAGCAGAAGCCUGCGGGAUCUACGCUGGCCCCUUGGAAGAUUCUCUGUUCUGGGGUUACAGCGAGCGGCUUUGCCAUGGGGAAGAUCGGAAAGCUGUCUUGAAGAAAGGACCGCCAGAGAUUAAGAUUGCGGACAUGCCUUUGCAUUCGCCUCUCUCCAGAUACCAGAGCACCGUGAUCUCUCACGGCUUCAGGAGACGACUGAUCUGAUGUGCGGAUGUCGGAAGCUGCUGUCAUUCGGUAGUGGUGGUAGUGGUGCGCUUGCCUAACGCACAAGACGCUCGGGGUUUGAACCCCACUAACUACCAAAGCCAGUAAGAUAAAGUAGUUCAGUCUCUUGCCUUCCCUCGA